AUGGUGUCUGCAGAAAAUAGUUCUCUUGAAUAUUUACGUAGUUUAGUUAACUAUGAUAUUAACUCCAUUUUAUACGAUGAUACAUUGAUUUGUUCAUUAACAAAUAAUACAGAUGUUGGCUCAUUUGAAGUCAAAGUAACAAAAACAAAUUAUGGUAAUCUUCAUGAUUGCAUUCAAGUUAUUGCUAAUAGUCAAGCAACUAUUGAUGGUGUUCCGUGUGGAACAACAGUACGAGCAGUUGUGACACGAGAACUUGUUACUGUACAACAAGAACAUACAGAAUAUGUUAAUCUACCGAAUCCUAUUACACGUAUUGUUGAUUUUAUUUCGGAAUCAACAGAUUAUGUGAUUACUAUAACUAAUGAAGAAGGCAAAAAAAAAACAACAGAAACAAAACGUAUUCCAAAAAAUGAAGCACAAGGACUUAUUUUAGAAGGUGCUAAUCUUAUACUUCAACGUUUAAUGAUUCAACGUAAUAUGCCAGACAAAGUUACAUUGCUUUCACUUGAUUCCUCAUCUGAAAUAAGUCGAAAUGUUUACACAUCAUUGGGUCCACAACAAGUUAAUAUUAAUGGAAAAGAUAUUGAAGCAUGGGGCAUACAACGACAAAUAUUUGAAACAAAACGUAAUGCAUUACCAGUUGCAUGGCAAAGUUUUUUCAGUAUUGACGGACAUCUUAUAUCUCGAUAUCAAGUUGGUUCACCGAUUAAAAUGAAAACAAGGAAUAUACCUGAAUCAGAACAGUUUGAUGAAUACUUGCCUAAACCGGAAAUUCCAAAAAGAGAACUGCAAUGGGAAAAUGAUUUAGAAUUACGUUCGAGAUUUAUUGACCGACGUGACGAAUUAAUCGAUGAUUAUAAGUCAUAUAUUUAUCAACAUCCGGAUAUCAACGCACUGCUAUCAGAUUUUCUUCAAUCGGUCUUAAUUACAAAACCUGAAAAUAUAAUCGACUAUGCAACAGAAUUUUUUGCUCCAUUUAAUAAUCAAACAGCUGAUCGCUCCUUAUUUCGUUUUGCCGAUGAAAAAAUCCCUGUACCAAAACCCAAUAUAUCUUUAAAAUAA